AUGAAGCGCUGCGUGGACUGCUUGAGUCCUUCGGAUCCAGGCACACUGAAGCGAAUGUAUCGCGAAAUUGCCGUUCUUCGGCAAGUACACCAUGAUAACAUCAUCGCACUUACGGAUGUGUUCCUGCCACACGUGGGACACGACUUGUUCCUUUUCUUUCAAGCUGCAUCCUGCGAUCUUGAACAUGCCAUACGGUACAACAUGCUGGAUGAGCUUGCUCAACAAAGUAUUGGCUGCGACGUUAUCCGAGCACUGGCGUACUUGCACGCAUCUGACCUGAUACAUCGAGACCUCAAGCCAAGCAACGUUUUGUUGGACGAGAGCGGGGCCAAACUCUGCGAUUUUGGCCUCGUUCGAUUGAUUGGUUUGUAUCCCAAAGGCCUGACCGAGUAUGUGGGCAUGCGCUGGUACCGCGCUCCCGAGCUUUUUCUCGGAUCCAGAUGCUACAACCAGAGCAUUGAUGUUUGGUCCUACGGAUGCGUUGUGGCUGAGAUGGCUUUGGGCCGACCGCUGCUGGCGGGGAUUGACUCGGAGGAGCAGCUCGGGCUGGUGGUGGGGCUCCUGGGCCGUCCCACAGAGCUGGAGGCUGGGGAGGGGCAGCAUGUGGGCGUGAAGCACCCAGCUAGCCACCGAUUGGCCCAAUUCGGCCCAACCGGGCUUGCAGAGGGAUUUGUAAUUCUGUUUUUUCUGUCUUCUCCUCUCUCUCUCUCUCUCUCUCUGUGCAGGCAGAGCUGCCAGGCGUGCCGCUGGAAAACGUGCCGCGUGCUGCCCCAAAGCGUUGAGCGCAGCGUGUGUGCAAGUUUCCAAAGCACCAGGUCUGAUGCGCACCGCGCCUGUGGGCGCAACAUUAGAGCAGAGGAUGGCUGA